CCACCCCCACCUUCACCCUGCUCGCUUUCUCCCUCAUAUAAAUGGCAGAAAUUUAGGCUUUCUGCUAGCUGGUUCUGAGUUCUUUCUCUCUCACAGAACACACACAGAAUGAGAGAGAGGGAGAGUGAUGUUGGGAUGGUUGGAUGGAGUUUAACCAACGCAUAGUAGAAUCAAAGAGAACAUGAAAAUGGCUACAGGAGAAGUGAAGGGGGGAGAGUUGGAGUUGUGAGUGAGUGUGUCUGUGUAUGUGUUUGUGUUUUGCUGUGGUGCUGCUGCAAAAUUGAUGUAAAAUGAGUUCUCAUUGUUCUGAUUCUGCGUGCCCGUCAACAAAUUUCAGCUGGUAUUUGAUUUUGUUGUGUUCAAAAAGAAAAUCUGGGUUCUUGGGUAUGAUUCUAAGCUUUUGAGAGACUGAUUAUUUGCUUCAGCAGAAGUUGAUUCAAAGUUGCAUCAAGCUUUGGUUCUGAGCGAAUGUAGUGCGGUGCAGAAGUAAAGGAUUAGUGUUGUUCUUUAGAUAUUGCUUGUGAGAUCUUGUAAUGCAUAUUGGACAAUUGCUCUUCAGCCAGAAAUAAUGCAAACUAGCGGAGAUGAGUAUGACAAGUGAAAGUGAUGAGAGGAUGAUGCCGAACAAUGGUGUAGAUUCACCAUCAGUUGAUGAUGCUAACAGUGGAGGAAAUGUGGGAGGAAAUGGUCCACUUAAGAAAGGUCCAUGGACUUCUGCAGAAGACGCAAUUUUAGUUGAAUAUGUUACCAAGCAUGGAGAGGGGAACUGGAAUGCAGUUCAGAAACACUCAGGGCUUGCCCGCUGUGGAAAAAGUUGUCGUUUGAGAUGGGCAAAUCACCUUAGACCAGAUCUAAAGAAAGGUGCAUUCACACCUGAGGAGGAACGCCGUAUAAUUGAACUUCAUGCCAAGAUGGGAAAUAAAUGGGCUAGAAUGGCUGCUGAGUUGCCUGGCCGCACAGAUAAUGAGAUCAAGAAUUACUGGAAUACUAGAAUCAAAAGAAGGCAACGUGCAGGCUUACCAAUCUAUCCACCUGAUAUCUGUAUGCAAGCAAUGACAGAGAAACAACCUAGUGACAAUAUGAAUACUUUCUCAUCUGCGGAAGUGCACCAUCCUGACUUCAUGCCAGUCAACAACUUCGAGAUUCCAGCUGUAGAAUUUAAAAAUUUGGAACUGAAUCAGCAGUUUGAUAUUCCUGCAAGUAGCCUGCUAGCACAAGGUCUCCACUCUUCUUACCCUAACAAGUCUUUGCUCUCGACUGUCCAUCCAUCCAAACGCCUUCGUGGAUCAGAAUCAUUUUUCCCAAGUUUAAAUACUGCUAUUGGUAAUGCUCUAACAGGUGGGAGUCAAUACCAAAGUGAUGGUUCUUUGCAGAUUGCUCAAUCUUUUGUGUACUCCUCUCCAUAUGAUCACAGUUCUACUUCUGACCAUGCAACAUCCUCAAGUUUAAUUCCUGGCAGCCAUGCCGUUUUAAAUGGCACCCCUUCUUCGGAGCCUGCUUGGGCAAUGAAGCUGGAGCUCCCUUCACUCCAAACUCAAAUGGGUAGUUGGGGCUCACCCUCACCCUCUUCCCCACUGCCUUGCUUCGAGUCUGUCGACAUUUUAAUCCAAACCCCUCCAACUGAACACACGCAGUCAUGUAAUCUGUCACCCCAAAACAGCGGCCUGUUGGAUGCUGUUCUCUAUGAAUCAGAAACUAUGAAGAACUCAAAGAUCGAUGAUUGCCAGCAUACUUCACGUGCUUCCACUGUGGAAGCCGCUAUGAUGGCUAACUCAACACAUGAUCUUCAUGAAACAGAAUGGGAAGCAUAUGAUGAACAGCUCUCUCCUUUAGGUCAUUCUUCUUCAUCUGUAUUCAGUGGGAAUUCAUUGGAUGACCUCCAUUCUGCAGAGACCAUGCCAGGAUGUAGAAUUAAAGAAGCAAGUAACCUGGGUCUAAUGCAAUAUGAUGAAAAAGUUGAGACAACGAACCAGAUGAUCUUCUCCAGGCCCGAUUUCUUGCUUGCCUCGAACUGUUUUGCUCCUAUGAAACACCCUUCCAAGGACCAUUCCUUGCUGAAAGAUGCAAUAUGAACACUUCUUGAUGAUUAUUUGAACAGGGAUUGCGAGCAAAUGGACACAGGUGCUACAAGCAUCAGCUCAAGGCCAUGGGCAUGAUUCUUGUUCUUCGACUGCUAUGGCUACUGUUUAGUCAUUUCAUUGCUCUCGAUGCAAACUCAAACUUCAAAUGCCUUUGGACAAUUUUUCUAUUUUCAGUUGUUACUUAUGCUGUGAUCUAAAGUGCUCUCAGUUCUGACUUAAUUAUCUAGGUACUAGUGGCUUCAUAAAUCAGAAACAAUUCUUCGGUUGUGAUGUCUACCAGGCUCAUAGCUAUGUAUUUGCGCAUUUUGUACGUCUCUUAAUUCUCAUGGCGUCGCAUGAGAAUUUUUGUUCUUGCACUUGACGAACAUCAUCUGUGAGUUCCUAUUGUUGCAGUUGGCUGUUAUCUUUUAGUUAGAAAAGAUGUUCGUCAUGUAAUGAGAUUAUCCGUUGUCAUAUGUGAAAAGUAUGUAGCUGAGGCCUGACUGUAUUGCUGCUUCUC